CGCACUUGACCGAAUCAAGCUGAUUCGCUGCGCAAGAUGGCGACGGACGCAGCGUCUCGGGAACUCGACGUCCAGAAGCUCACUAGUCGCGUAUCGGAGAGUGUCUGUGAGUACAUAGGCGUAGAACUGGAAGGCGCGAUGGAGCGCACCAAACUGGUCGACAAGGUUAUGCAUGCCAUCCAUGACAAGUUUGAUGAGAUGGCGGCGGAGAGUGCCACGGUCGCUGAAUUUUCCGUGCGGAUGAAAGAAUCUGAGGUGCUCUUCCAUGACCGGAUGGCAGCCAUCGACGAAGUGGACGAGGAGUUGACCGAACUCGAAGACAUGAUCCACCAGCUCGAGCUAUAUGCCGAACGAAUCUGUACGUCACGUACACCUUCCCACAUGUAGUGUGUUACCGAGCUCGAUCGCUCAUACAUGUUUAGACGAGAAGUUCACCGUCGUAGCGUGAUAACCGCCAACCCAUUGAAUGUCAUACAUGCGUUGCGUUCACACUAGAUAUGAAUAUAAUUUCAAAGCCAAACCAAGCGUAUUCAAUUACUUCA